GUCUAAUGAUAAAAGCAUCAUUGUUUUUUUUCAUUUUUGAACACAGGAUCAGAUCUAUUCGUCAUCGAUUAUGACGGUAUACCACCCACUCAGGCCCCUGAGUUGUAAUGAUAUCUUGAAUUUCUGCUGAUAAAUGAAAAUAUAAGCAAGAUCUGGCAAAAAAACUGAUAAAAAAAAGUCAAAAAAAUAACCAGGAGUUGUUAGCUAAAAGACAAGAAAUAAGAAGAGGGAUAAACUGAUAAAUUGACAGAACAUAUACAUAAAUAUAUAUCAUAGAGGUCAGGAAAGGGAAGUGGAUAGCAAGAACAGACAAAAAACAAGAUAGCACAUAGAUAAGCAAAAAGAAGGGGAUAACAUAAAAGAUCAACAAGGAAAAAAUAGCAUUUAGAAAAGUAAGAAGAGGUUAGAAUAAAAAGAACCCAAAGAAGGAUUGAAGAUAAAUUGGAAAAGAAAAGAACAGAAAAAAAGAGGAAAGUAUAAUCAUAAAAGGAACAAUCAGUGAAGUUCUUAGGAUUAUUAUAUGUCUUGACAAGUAUUAACCAAUAAAAAAAACUGCCCUUAUAUUGAUUAUUGGACGGAAGAAGAUGUAUUUAUGAGCCUGUUAAAGAGAAAAGAAACAAGAUACAUUUUUUUUAUUUUGAAGAAGUGAAUCAUUAGAAGCUCAGUAGACAGUAUUAACCUAUGAGCUUAAGCAAUAAGGAAGUAUUAAAAUUCAAAUAUUUUAACCAUAUAAAAAUCUUUAAAAAACCAUCCUGAUAUUAAUGUAGGGUAAAUAUUACUGAAUAAUAGAGAAUACAAUAAUUAAAGCCUUAAACUUUGUAAUCUCUUCUCAUUUGAGAUAAUGUGACAAAUGGUAUUGCAUAAAAAACAAAUCAUAAACAAAGAUUUAGAACCUUGGUGGUUAUAUUGUUUGAAAAACAGUUCAGUAGUUGUGGAUGAAAGCCUGAAAUCUAUUCCUGUAAAAGAAAUGAAAAUAAAGCUGAAAAAAUACUAAGUGAAGAUUUGGAUGUUAAAUUAGGAGCCACUAUUGUUGUGCUAAAAGUUGGAAAUAUUGCAUCAAACAGAGAUGUGGAAAUGCUUAUCAAUAUGAUCAAGGAAGAUGAUAUUGAUUUAGGUGCACUAGAAUGUGUAGAAGAGGUUCAAAUUAAUCCACAACAUUACAUAUUGAUUGGAUUCAGGCAAAAAGGAAUGAAUAAGUCUGAUAUUGGUUCUGUACCAUCUUGUUAUUCUAAAAUGUUUGCUAUAUCUAAACAUAUCAUACAAAAAUUUACUACUGAAAGUUCGAUACCAACCUAUGUAGGUAACGAGGGAUGCUUAGCUAAUCUACAGGACACUUCAUGGAGACUUGCUGAAUGGAAAAACUCACUAAGAAUUCAACAUCUACACUCAGUGGAAGAUAUUUCCAAUUUAUUGCUAAAAUUACUUGGUGGGGAAAAUAUUUUAAGCAUUCAACCCUUAAAAGUAAUUGAAUUUAUAGAUUUAUAUUCUAGCUCUAUUAAAAGUAAUAUAACAACAGUACAUGAAGCUGUUAUUUUGAAACUUUUACAUGUAUAUGAAUCUCCUAUAAAAGAAAAUGAAAAACAUUGUGCAAGCUUAAUAUUGUCAGAUAGCAGAUUAGACAUGUUAGAAGAAUGGGUAAAUAUCUAUCCGUAUAGAUCAGAAUUACUAAAACACUUGAUUGCUUAUCCUACUAAUUUAUUCGAGAAAUCAAAAGGAAUAUUGAAUGCAAUCAGAUCAAAUGUCAGGAAAGGUGGUCUUAGGACUUGUAAAAUUACAGAAUAUUGGAAAUUUUUUGAUAUAAUUUGUCUUAAUUUGGAUUGUGACAUCUUCAGUACAAAUAUGCAUACAUUGAAGCAGCACUGGAAAACAUUAUAUAGAUCAAUCAUAGAAUGUUUUUUCUGUGAUAUGAAUAAUUUUGAAGACUUACUGAGAAACAUAAACAUUGGAGCACAUCUCUUAUCAAACAGCUAUACUGCUUUUAAUUCUAUUCACCAUUACCAGCAGAUAAACUUCUCCGAAUUGAGAAGAAAAAGUAACGUUCAUGAUCAGUUGAUUGAAUUUUUAAGUACAACAAAACAUUCUGAGUGUAUGGCUCUGGCUUUGAAAGUUUUAGAUACAUUAAAGUCUUUCCCGAUUGAAACUGAUAUGAAGAUAAUUAUAGAUGCAAUAAUAAAGAGUGUUUGCCAAAGUGAAAUGUGUAGGAGUAUUAUUGAAAUUGAAAGGGGAGAUUUUCUGCUAUUAACAUAUCUUGACAAACAUAUUCAACUACAACAACAUGACCAAUGGAAUAUUUUGGAAUCUAUUGAACAACUUUUACUUUUAUACACCAAGAAUCUGUGUACCAGUGCCAUUGCAAAGUAUAUCAAAUCAAGAGAUAUUAUUGAGAUUAUGAUGGGUACAGAAAUAAAUGAGUUAUCCUUUGACAUACAUAUAUUGAAGAAGCACAUACUUUUACCAAUAUUGCUUCAAAUCCAGGAUAAAAAAGAAGAAAAACAGAUACUAUUACAAUGGAUAAAUAGUUGUGAUGCUAAAUAUCAAUCUAUUAUAAAUCUUAGUGAAACUGCACUUGAACAAAUUAUAAGAAUGACCAACUGGAGCAUAUUUCCCCAAAAUUUGUCUCUGAAAGUAGUCUUGACAAACAGUAAAUUAAAGGAGCAAAUAUUUCGUGAAUUUGUUGACAGUAACUAUAAUGAACUUGUUAGAACAAGUUGUCAUACACAUGAUAAAAGGAUUUGUCAGGCAAUUGUUGAAAAAAGUUAUCUUACACAUGAGGAAAGGAUUUGUCAGGAAAUUGUUGAAAAAAGUUGUUAUGAAGUUAAUAAAAACAACAAAACGUUGAACAUGAUAGAAGAUAUUACAAGACAAGGAUACCAGAGUUGUCUUGAAUUUUUAGAAAUUGUCACUUGCAAGACCAGGGACAACUCGUACAAAAGCUUUGCUGAUACUAAGGAGAACUUACACAAAAGCAUUGCUAAUACUAUGGAGAACUUACACAAAAGCUUUACUGAUAAAAGGGCGAACUUACACAAAAGCUUUGCUGAUACUAGGGAGAAUGCACACAUAAGCUUUGGUGAUUCUAAAGAGAACUUAUACAUGAGCUUUAGUGAUACUAAGGAGAAUGUACACAUAAGCUUUGGUGAUUAUAAAGAGAACUUAUACAUGAGCUUUGGAGGUACAAGGGAGAAUUUACACAUCAGUUGUGCUGAGACUAGAGAGAACAUGUACAAAGGCUUUGCUGACAUUAGGGAGAACUUGCACAUAAGCUUUGAUGAUACUAUGGAAAAUAAUUUAUACCCAAGUUUUGGUGAUGCUUGGGAUAGCUUUCACAUUAGAUUUGCUGACACUAGUGAGAACCUAUACAAAAGCUUAGCUGAUAGUAGAGAGAACUUACACAUAAGAUUUGCUGAUACUAGAAAGAACUUACACAAAAGCUGUGCUGAUACUUGGGAAAAUUUAUAUAUAAGCAUUGGUGAUAGGAAGGAGAACUUUCAUAUAAGCUAUGCUAAAAUUAUGGAGAACUUACUCAAAAGCUUUGUUGAUUCUUGGGAGAACUUACCCACAAGUUUUGCUGACACUAAGGAGAACUCAUACAAAAGCUUUGUUGAUUCUUCGGAGAACUUACCCAUAAGUUUUGCUGACACUAAGGAGAACUCAUACAAAAGCUUUGUUGAUUCUUCGGAGAACUUACCCAUAAGUUUUGCUGACACUAAGGAGAACUCAUACAAAAGCUUUGUUGAUUCUUGGGAGAGCUUACCCAUAAGUUUUGCUGACACUGAGGAGAAUUCAUACAAAAGCUUUGUUGAUUCUUUGGAGAACUUACACAUAAGUUUUGCUGACACUAAGGAGAACUCAUACAAAAGCUUUGAUUAUGCUAGGGAGAACUUGCACAAAAGCUUUGCUAAAGCUAUACAUGAAGACAUUUAUUUACAACUUUGCAAAGACAAAGUAUUGCAUUGGUCUUGUGAGUGUUGUUCUUACCACCAUCACAAUUCAACACAUAAACACUUGUGUCUUGGUAAAACGUUUUGCAUUCAAAUUGAGAACAGUAUAUGUCAUUUUGAAAAUAGGAACUUAUCAAAAAAGCAUUUCCUAUGCAGAUGCCAUGAAAACUUGUGUUCUGGUGUUACAGGCAAUAUACAUUUACAUCAUAAAAAUGAAGGAAAAUUAUUUUCAUUGGAAGAAAUUGCUGUAUCAAAUAGUUCAAAGCAUAUUGUUUUUGAAGACUUUCAAAGUGAACAUAUACCUUUUGUCAAAGAGGGUAGGGUGACUGAGUGUCAAUUAACUUUAACAGAAAGGUUUAAUGCAGUGUUAGGAAUAACCUUCACCGUAACUCAAUGCAUAAUAGCUUUUCUACAAAACAUAUUGCAAAGAAAUGAUUGUAAGAAACAAGAAACUGAUUGUAAGCAACAAGAAACUGAUUGUAAGCAACAAGAAACUGAUUGUAAGCAACAAGAAACUGGUUGUAAGCAACACAAAACUGAUUGUAAGCAACAAGAAACUGGUUGUAAGCAACACAAAACUGAUUGUAAGCAACAUGAAACUGAAGAAUAUGUAAGGAAACAAACUGCAACAAACCUAUCCCUUGUUUUUGGUAUCAUUUCCUGUAAUCAAAUACUUAAAAAUAUUGGGAAGGAAAAAGAAAAUGUAAAUAUACAAUGUCCUGGAAAGUUACAAAAAUGGUUAUCUAUUCAUGGAAAUAGGAAACUUGAGAAUAUUAUACAAAAGGACAAAUUAAUGGAUUUAUUUGAUAUAUUGCAAACAGACAACUCUAAAUGUAUUAAGAGUGAAUUGUAUAAUAUCAUUAACCAUAACAGCAUAUUUAGAAAUGAUGAAAUAACAGCAUACCCAGUUAACGGUUAUAAUGGAAUGUCAAAUGAGAUAUUGAGAGUUGGAUCCUUGAACAAUUUUCCGUCUGAAAACAGCCCAAGUCUGAUUAAGCUAGCUAAAUAUGGAUUUUAUUAUGAAGGAAAGGGAAGAGAAGUUACCUGUUUUUCAUGUGGAAUUAAACACGACGAUUGGUCAUAUCGAUCUAACCCUUUGGAAGUACAUAGACAAAUAUCUCCAUAUUGUGAAUAUUUGAAGACACUUACACCUAGACCCCCUUCAGAGAUUAUAGAGAGUGACUGCCGUCACAAUGCUACCCCAAGAAUGCCAACUACUGAGAUUCCAUAUCAGAAUGGUAUAGGAACAGACUCAAUUCACACAUGUACAGAUGCUUAUGGACCUCAGAUGACAGUUGCAGUCCAAUCUGUUGAUAGUGGACUUUUUGGAUCAUCACUUUCGCAUCGUAGCAAUAACCUUGUGACUAGUAAUUCAACCUCUAUAUCUAGUAUAAGUCAACGAAGUAGUCGUGCUAGCGCUGAUAGUGGAUUUGGUAGUAGUGGUAGUCAUCUUUCAACAGACCAUUCAUCAUCGGCAAGUCAUACUUCAAAUCUGACAGUACCACAGCUUCCACCAUUACUAGAAGGAGGUGAACACAGUAUACAGAGAGUUUCAGGACCUGCAUCCAGGGACAGCCCAGUACCACAAAAUAACAGGAAAAACACACCAAAAGAGAAAUACCCAGAAUAUAUACCUAUAGAGAGGAGAAGAGCCACAUACAAGAACUGGCCACCAAACUUGGACUUUCUUCACCCACUUGAUCUGUCAGAAUGUGGAUUUUUUUAUUCAAAUUUUGGUGACUGUGUCCGAUGUUUUCACUGUGGUAUUGGCCUUAGGAAUUGGGAAUCUGAUGACAAUCCAUGGGUAGAGCAUGCUCGUUGGUCAAGGAAAUGUCCAUACUUACUACAGAGGAAAGGACAAGAAUUUAUUGAUAGCGUUCUCUCUGUACUUGGACUUCAGACGGAUUCAGAAAUUGAAAUGCAAACAGCUAAUGCAGGAACAGAACCUGCAUCACAAGUGUCUUCUGGAUAUGGGACAGCAUCUUCCAAUGACGUGAGAGACCCUAUAUCUCACCCUGCAGCACAGUAUAUCAUUAGAGAAAAUAUAUUUGGUGACAACAAAGAAAAACAAGUCAAAAAGACUAUGAAUCAAUUGUUGCAGAAUCAUGAAUGGGAUGAUAUAACUAAUGACAUGUUAGUCAAUGCACUGUUGGAGAGUAAAGAUAUCAUGGAAAACUUAGACACAAAGACAAAUUCAUUAAAUUUAUCAGAAUCUGCAGUUUCAAAAUCACCGGAGUCUUCUGAUUCAAAGACUCCAAGUACAGGAACAGACGAUAAAAACAAAGAGGAAGAAAGCAAGAAGUCACCUGAGGAGAACCCUGAAAAAAUUCAAAAGGAAAAUGAGGAAUUGAAGGAAUUGUAUACAUGUAAAAUCUGUUUAGAUGAAAGAGUUGGCAUAACAUUUGUGCCAUGUGGGCACCUUGUUACAUGCAAAACUUGUUCUCCAAAAAUUCGUAGGUGUCCAUUAUGUCGUACUUUUAUUCGUGGAACUAUUAAAACGACUAUGUAGUUUUAAAAAAUCCCAAUUUAUGUGCUAAAAUGACAGCAUAUUACCAAAAAUAAAAUCUAUAGCUUGAUGAAAAUUAAAGCAAUACUCAAUAAGUUUGAAUUUUUGUAAGUAUAAUUUAAUGAUUACG